UAUACUGCCGACGGUCUGUGUCUCGUCUGUUACUUUGUGCUGCUAUGGCUUCUAGGCGAUUAGCAAUCUCCUCUCUGCUCUGUGCCGACGACUCGGAAGCUGCCACUGCCAGCCAUUCACCUUCUGAAUUCACAACCGACACAUUAGCAGUUGGGACAACUGUACAAGAUUCUCAUGCAUCCUCUUCUACAUUCUCACCAAUCUCCUCUUGGGCCAAUCCUUCAGCCGAAGUUAUCUCUACCUCUGUCAACUAUGGUGCACACUCUAGGCGACGUAAUCCUUCACUAAACUCCUUCGAUUCGCGCCCAUCAUCCUACCCCGUCAUAGCUCGGCGGAGUUUCAGGGAAACCGCCUUGGACGACUAUACGGAGGAGACAGGCGGUGAGACCCACCACUCGGUCAACGAUCCUGUCGUCGAAGCUUUAGACCACCCCUCUCGGAGGCGACGUCCUGGGUUUAUCCACACAGUGUACCCUUCUGAAGAAGACCAAGAAGAUUGCUACACAGAACGCAGAGGUAUACAUAGAUCCACUGAAUAUCAGCCGUUCGUGCCUUCGCCAUCCCGCUCCCCAUUCAUUAUGUAUGCUUCAACACAUAGGCAAAUCUCCCAUUCGCCAGAGCAAAGCUCACACCGACAUGUACUUCCUCCUCAGCAGGAAUAUACGCCAUCAUUAUCUCCGCGGUCAAUUCUUCAACAGACCCUGAGCCCGGCGAUGGACCCUGAAUUUUUUGCGCCCUCGACGUCUUCGCCCCAUCAAAUACCGCAAAACGCGACGCAGUGUUCACCUGUCCAUCCGCGUCACAAGAUCUCCUCCCUUCUGACCAAUUCUCUUCCCCCUCCUCGCGCGUCUGCUGCAUCGUUACCGCACAUCCUCAACUCGCCUAUGUCGUCCACAGUGUUACCUGCAGAUACGAAGUUUACUCGGGCGAGCUUGUAUCGAGGCUCAGGUAUGGAAGGAUUGGAGGCUCUGGUGCAGGCUGCGACUCAGGAAAGGCAGCGAUUGGGCGGGGAGAAAGUACAGGAGGAGCCCAUCUCACCAUCACCCUGGUCAGCCAAGCCGGCAAGCCCAGUCCUUACACCGGUAGCAUCGAAUCCUGCUCUCAGCCUAGCGGCUAACCAGAGCCUGGCAGUGACUACGACACAUUCAGCGGGCAGUCGCGAAUACAGUGGGCCGGGCUCUCCUUGUGGCGCGCGCACGACUUCGCCUUCGCCAUCGCAGCCGUAUAGGAGUCCAGUACAUGCAUCGAUACCUCCUCCAGACCAUUUGACCACAUCCCUUCGCGCGGUUCUCGAAGAGCUGCCGGCAGAACAAACCAAAAACUCAGCAAGCAUCGUGAUGGAUGAUGCUGAGAUUCAGUCACCCCUACCGAUGCGAUAUCGUAGUUCCUCGUGUUCAACGCACUCCGUUCACGCCUCUUAUACGGCUGAAGAGAGCCAAACCCCAGUUCCUCCAUCCGCAGAAGGCGAUGCUAUGGAGGUCCAAUCCGAGGACCACAAGGGGUCUGAACACAAUACGGCAGUACUCGCGACGGAAUCUCACGAACUUAAAUCGGCUCGAUUGGCUUACGCCGCCAAGUCUCCCAUACAAGUCCACAGAAUCGAGCCGUUAUCCCCUUCCCCCGCUCCCGUAUCUUCUCCAGGCCCUCCACUCCAACAAACUCCUACGAGAUUAGCAAGUAGUAUGCCGCUUCAUAGCGCGACGUUGAAGUCAGAAGCCAUCGACAGCCUGGUGGUACCCGCAACAUCAGACAGUUCUGAUGGGCAGGCGCAGGAGGCCAAGCUUAAGGCGAAUAUAGGUAAAUCAGAUGGUGCAGCGCUGGUUAAGUUGAAGGGGAGGGUAAAGCAUAGGGAGAAGAGUUCGAAAUCCAGGCGCACGUCACAUUCUCGAGACAGCUCCAAGAAGGACGACACGGAUGACUGGUUUCUAGAGCAGUUUGGCGAAGCCGAACCAAAGAAGAUGUCCGAGCUAUCCCCUAACACGAGGCCGGUUUCUUCUUCGUCACGUCUGGCUAAGACUCCAGAUGGCGAGAUGACACACCAUUGGAAGAAGCUAUCAGCCUCCCCAUCCGAAGGCCACCGACACAACUUGUCCUCUAGGAAGCCAUUGGCUAGACAAAGUCGAAGCCCAACGCCACACGAGAUACUUGAAGCGGAGCUUGACGACGUUCCACUGGCACCAAAGCGUUCGCCUUCGCCACCCGAGACAACCGCUCCGUGGCCCCUACUUCCGAACCUGAAUGCACAGACCUUGGCCACAUCUACUAACUUAGACCUUGACACUGAACUUGAGCGUACCCUGCAAGACGAAUCGCGUGCGCCACUUCCUCCAGCGAAGCCCAAGCCGAAGCCGAGACCUAAGACUAAGCCGAAGCCUGAAAUCAAGCAGAGGGUGGACAUGGAUGUGGAAGAUGAGUUACUAGCCUUGUUGGACGACGGUAGUGACGAACAUAAGGAGAAGCAUCGAUCAGAAUACGCCCAUUCCCUUCUGGCCGAAUCUAAUCUUACCGAAGAGGUGGCCGAGCGAGUGGUGGCCAAGCACGUCAUGGAGAGAAACGUACAUGGCGUCUCUGUUGUGGCCUCGCCGAUACCUGAGAUAUCCUCGCUCAUGCCUCCUCCCGGUAGUAGAGGCGUUAGUCAAGUACGUGAAACGUCGGUCUCACGCAAAGAUAGGGACGAGCGCGAGCCGACUUCGUCUGGGCCAACCGCCGUUGGUGGGACACCUGCGAUGACGCCUACUCCCACGCCUACUCCCGGGCCUAGUGGUCCAAGCAAGAGCAAAGAAGCCUCUAAGAAAAAGGCGCCUCCGAAACCUCGAGGGAAGGUUACGACCGCUAUUAAGCCCAAAGCGAAAUCUUCAGUCGUGAAAGAACGCUCUACGACACCCGCGACACCACCUCAUCUUGUACCGAAUGCUAGCGAUGGGCCUCCUGUUGCGGGCAAGAGUAAGAAGAUGCAAGGGAGUCUAACCGCGAAACGUGCGGUAUCUGCAGCUGGUGGAACUUCACGGAGUCGGUCGACGUCGGUGAUGCCAGGUGAGAGCGAAGCUUCGGGACGAAAGCGUUCGGGCCAGCAAGUGCAGGACGAGAAAGACGAGAAGGAGGAAGAGGAGCGAGAGGUUGACGAUAGACUUUACUGCGUUUGCCGCACUCCGUACGAUGAGGACCGGGUGAUGAUAGCAUGCGACCGUUGCGACGAAUGGUAUCACACCCAGUGUGUUAACAUGCCAGAUCUGGAGGUCGAUCUCGUGGACCAGUUUAUUUGUCCGAUUUGCGUCGCCAACAACCCUCACCUUACUCUCCGUACAACUUACAAGAAGCGGUGUCUAGCGGGUCUUGCUCAUUCACGACCCACUUCCCAGCAUGCUUGUCACAAACCUGCGAGAGGCGCAUUCUCGAAGUACUGCUCAGACGAGUGCGGCGUUCGCUACAUGCGCGAACGUAUCGAACGUUACGUGCGAGACAACACCAAGAAUGUGACAAAGGCGAACAAAGAGGUGAAAGAAGAGGAAAGUAUGCGCAGUCUCUGGGAAGGUGUGAAGAGUGCCGGGCAACGCGAAGCAGUUGUGCUUCGAGUGCUCGAUGGCGUCGAUGAGAAGGGCGAACCCCGCACCGAGAUUGUCGUGCCCCGCCUCUCGAAGCAUGCGAGACUCAUUUCACGCCUUGAAAUGCAGCUUGCCAAUAUUUUGAACCGGCGAGAUGGGCUCAAAGCUGAAGACGAGAUUGUCGCCUGGCGCGAGGCUGUAAUUGGAUAUGCUGCACAGAGGGCGGAGGGGCAUGGAGAGUGCAGUUGGGAUGGCAGGUUGCUAUGGUCCGCCGAUGAGGUGAGAGAAUACGGAGCUGAAGUGGUGGACGCGUACGAGCGAGUCGAGAUGCAAGGUGAUGGUAUGGCUGUUGAUGGCCGGGACAACGAGAGCUGCCAAGUGGAGGAGGGCGGUUGGUGGUGUACAGGAAAGCGAAAAUGUGAUCGGCACGCCGGAUGGCAAAAGCUUCGUCAGGCAGAGAUUGACCUCGAAAAGGAGCUCUUUGAGGCCGAACUGGAGAGACUGACUACACGUGAGCGUGAAAUUAGGAAGCGCAUUGAGGACAUCCAAGCUGCCCAUCCCAACAUCGACUUCGCCUCCCUCCACCCAGCCCCAGCGUUGGACUCGCAUGCAGCGCGCUCAGAGCCGAUACCCUUCCUCAAUGGCGUACAAGUAAACACACUUAGUCGGAACGGGGAUGUCGAUGACUCGCUCAAACUGAACGGCGUCAACGGUGUCGACGGUGGAGAGAAGAAGGGAAAGAAAAGGAAGGUAGAUGCACGGUAGACGUUCUUACUCUGAAUGCACACCGGCCGCAGCACUGUCCGCAUGUUGGGCACUCCGAAACAUUGUUUGGAUAUACAUACAAUGAGUAAGGCUGCAGGACAUAUUCGACCAGGUAUGAUUAAAUGUCAAGGUCCUCAUCAGGAUCGUCGUCGUCGAUGUCAUCUGCUGAGUCAGGGUCGUAAAAGAUCGCGCCGGUUUGAGGGGCUGACGCAACAACAGUGUGCGCGUACGGUAGGGGAACCUGGGUCCUCGACUGAUGCUGUUCAGCUGUGAGUGUAAGACUGAAGGACAAGUUCUGGGCGGGAUCUGGUGCCACUGCAAUCUCAGUUGAGAGUGACUUGUCCGUAUGCAGGCCUCUCAAGCUUUGUAGACCCUUGAGUUCGCAUGCCACUGCUUUACUCACCACCCACCCCUCAAGCACUCUCUCAAUCCCUUUUCUUCUUCCAAUUCCAUCGCCAGCAUUGCCCCUCACAAGUACCUCCACCACGAUCUCGUCUGCCGCACCGCACCCUUCACCUGAAUUCCCAAAGGCGAGCUCCUCAAUAUCGGAAGAUCGCGCGGUAUAAGGUAUAAACACACUCCAGAACUUCUCCAAUGACGAUAGAGGAGGCGGUGGAGCGGAAAGGGAUCGUGCUAGGUGGACAAGAAGGGCAGGUGCGUGCGCAGUGAUAUGUAUGAGGGAACGGGAGAAGGACGGGGUAGUGAGGACAGAGAGCAUAGAGGGCGAGAUGGUGUGAAUAACCAAGCGUGAGCUUGGACGACCUGCAACAGUACUGAGAAGUGUUGACAGGAAGGCGUACGCAGCCGCUUUACAUUGGAGGUUGGAGAGUAGCGUGUCCAGAGAAUCAAUGACUAUAGUCAACGACUGUGGGCUACUGACUGCAUCUGACGGCAGAUAAGAGACGUUCUCUGCAAUCUCCGCUGUGGUCACUGUAUCCAGGUAUAUCUGCGGUACAGUCUAUGGUCUGUAACCUUUCGUGGCAUAGUUCACCAGUGAGCACCUUCAGUGGAUAGAGAAGGUUGCAAAGCACAACAUGCGUUUGCGUCCGGCUGAGUAGAGAGCGGAGCAGAGGCAAGCUUGAUUGGGCCAUGGACGACUGGAAAACAAUUAGUGCAUGAGCAGAGGCAAA